UUUAUAAGGUAAGUAAUAGUCUCGGUUUGUGGCUAAGCAGGCUGGAAUCUUUGAGGCGUUUAAUAAGAACAUAAUUUUAAGAAUCCAUUUGGUUGUAUAAAUGAGAAUAGUGAGAAUUAGUUAUACUGUAAAGAAAGGAAGUUAACGAGCCAACAUUCAAAUAUGCGAUUAUUGAAAAUGUUGGAUUAGGGAGCCAAGUCUAGAGCGACCUUUUGUAUUCUCAGGGUUAUGAUUUGUGCUAAAUAGGAUUUUGGAGGAUAGGUUUUAGUUGGGCAAGAUCUGGCUGAUUAGGAUUUUGAAGUAAACCAUAAUUUUAUUUCUUUCUUACUGAUACCACCCCUAUCUCCAAUCUCCCCGUCCAAAUCCCCACUUACCCUCCCACUAAACUCCUUCACCAGCCAGACUACUCUCUAUUCCCAGUUUCGUUCAAAUCUGAUCAUUGGACUAUUAGAUUAGACACCUCCGGUCAUCGCUUUUAUGUACAGGUUAAGUUAAGCCGACUUGGGAUAUAGAUGGGUGAUGAGAUAUGAGCUUGGCUUGGAGUCGAAAAGUUUGUAACUCUUCAAUUGAACUGUGGCUUAGUAAAUACUAGUAACUGGCCAAUAGAGCCUAAAAGUUAUAAAAAACUAACCCAAAUCGGGACUAUUCCUCUCUCCACCAACCACAUCAAAAACUCCACAUCCCAAAUAAUUUUUCAAAUUUAUGACAUAAGUGAGAUCAGAGGGCGAAGAAUUAAGCUGCUCUUAUUUUUGUUGGUUAUAAAAGGUCUGUAUGGAUGAGCAGAAAACUAUUAUGAAGUUGAUAGUGCAUGCAUGCCUUGUCAUAGCUCUUGUAAGAGCUGAACUCAAGGGGAUAGGUGUGAUACUUGUGAAGAAUUUAUGAUGUUAUAAAAGGGAGUGAAGAUUUAAGGUUUUUAUCAGGAUUAGGAAUAAAAGAACAUUACAGACAAACGUCCUCUAUAAAUACCACUAGUCUACUCUGCACUCAUUGUGAAGAUGACCAAUAUUAUGACGAAACACUCCAUAUUUGCAGAAGCUGAGAAGGAGCAUGCUCAGGGAAGUGAAAAUUCAGAACUCAAUGUAUUACUUGAGAUCCUGGUAAAACCUUGGACCUUGAUACUCUGACAUGUGUGGAUGAUUGUAACUCCUCUCAGAUCAAACUUGAAGGUUUUCACUUGUCAGUAAAGAGUGCAUGAAGAACCCCUGAUUAUUACAUUGACCCAUUUAGUCAAGAGAUUUUAGAAUUAGGAACUCUUCAGUAUCCUUAUAGGACUAUGAAAUCAGCUAGUUCUGAGAUACUUACAUUUUUAUCCCACAAACAAGUGAAUGUUACUAUCAAUGUAAAGGAUGUCUACAUUGAGGAUAGAUCUCUGUUUAUUAUGAACAUUACAGAGAUCACAUUCCAAAGCCAUCCUGAAUUACUUGAAAAGAGGAAGGCUGUUAUAAUUCCAACUCAACUGCCUCAGAUUGGAAUCAGUCAGAAAGCUAGAUUUCAUCUCUUACAGUCUGUUCAGAUGCCGGUCCUUGAAGUGUUAGGUGCAGGAGCUUUUUCUUACAAAGAGCAGAUUCAAAUAGGAUCAAGGAUCAGUAACAUGGUUGCUAGGUCAGCCAUUAAAUUUGAGAGUGUUGACUUCUACAGAGAAGAAAUAGAUUACAAUAAAGAUAUUUUGUUCAUGCUGGGAGUAUACCUUCAAGACAAAACGGCUACUUUUUCCAAUAUGAUGAUUAAUGUCACCGGGACUUUUUGGACGACUCAAGAUCCAUUCAACUUAUACAUCAGAAACAUAGUUUUUGAUACUUACAGCCUUAGAAACAUACUUGGAUUUAGCAUAGAAUGUAAUUAUCCAGAAGCAUACAAGAGCCCAACUAUAGAUAUUGAUGGUCUCAGAUUUAUCACUUCAAGAGACAGAACUACUGGAAGUAAUCCAAAUGGUAUUGCAACAAAUCAUGCAGGGAGCAUUACCAUCAAGAAUCUAGAUGUAGAAGAUUAUUAUUCUACUUUAAGCAGUAUUUCAGCAUCAUUCUUUUAUACUGUUCAAGCGACCUGAACUCCUGAUGAUGGUCUAAUCCAAACUGGGACCUUUGAAAAUUUCAGUAUCUCUGUUAAAAAUGACAGAGGAGAUAAAAUCAAUCCUAUUGCAUUAGAUAUCAGUAAUAUCCACUACAGAUCUAUAGUGAGCACAUUUGAGAAUAUUGAAUUCUUCGGGUACCAAAGAACAAUGUUCACUCCAGCUCUAUUUACUGGGACACCCCUCGAUAUUUUGAAUAUUAAUAGCCUCAGCAUGAAAGACAGUUUCUUCUUUUCUGAUGCAAUAAAGAUCAGCUUUUUCCAAAAAGUAACGUUUGGAAGCUUGGCUUCUCAAUCAACUGUAUUUGAGAAUAUUGGGGCCUUCACUGAUUAUUUCCUUGUUCUAUUCUAUGUGGGCCAAGUAGAAAUCAGUAACUUCAAAUUUCAAAAUGUGACUGGCCCAUUUAGCAGAAGUUUAUCUUUCAUUUAUCUGAACAACAUGCACUCUACACCAACGAAGAUAGAGAAUAUUCAAGUCUCAUACUACAACUUUUGGAAUGGAGGACUCAUCAGCGUUAUAUCCAGCUUAGAAAGAAUCGAAAUUCAGAAUAUUACUAUUUCUGACAGUAAUACAAACUCAAAAAUUCCAAUAAUUGAAGCAACCUCUCUCAAAAGCUUCUUUGUCAGUGAUUUUCAUAUCAAAAAUGUGAAUGUCAAUGACCAAAAUGAUGAAGACUCUACUAUUCUCAGAGUUAAUGCUAUUGACUUACAAACUACUCUGAAUUCUACUCUUGAGAAUAUUAACUUUAUUAACUCUCAACUAUCUCUCAUCCAAUUUGGAUCUUUAGUCAACAGCAAUAGUGAUCCUAUACAACUUGAGAUGAAAAAUAUAUCAGUUAUAGAUUCAACAUUUCCAAGCUCUCGAUCAAUAAUCUCAACCAAAAACCUUGAAAAUGAUGCUGAUUUCCUACUCAAAAUAAGUGGAUUCCAUUCAUCUAAUGUAACUUUCAAGAAUAAUGGAAACCUAUUGUUAUUCAGUCAUGGGCUUCACAACCCAGUUGUGAUUGAAGAUUCGAUAUUUUCCACCCUUUAUUCAGCAGCUAUUUCUGCAUCAAGCUCAGGGUUGGCAGGAACUCUAACAAAUGAAGUUACAUUCCAGAAUUGCACUUUUAAGGAUAUUCAAUCAUCAUCUCAGUCAUUGAUCAAGGUUUCUGAAAAAGCUAUUGCUAAUUUCGUUGGGAGCAGUUUUAGCUCUAUCUCAGUUUCUUUUGACAGAGCUGGUGUUAUUGAGACAAGCUCUAAUUCAAUCGCUAAAUUCUCAUAUUGCAACUUUACAGAUAACGCUGCAGUGACCUCAACUCUGUUUACAAUAUCAUCUGGAGCUUAUCUCGAAUGAAACUCUUGAUUGAUUACGAACAACUUUGGGGUCACCAACGGAGUUGUUUCAGUCUCAAGCAAUGGGUAUUUCAAGUUCUAUGGCUCAGAUAUUUUUGGAAACAUUGCUAUCCAAACACCCAUUGGUCAGAUCUUUGAUGCUUCUCAGACCAGUAUUUUUGAUAAUUGCAAAAUACACAAUAACUCUAUCAUGACUUCUCAAGAGUUCGAAAGGGAAGCCACUGAGAGUUGAUCAAAAUUAUGAUUUGUAUCACCAAAUGUUUUGCAAAAUAUGUAUACUUAUAAUUUAUACAAUCUCCCUUCGCAAUUUUAUCUUCUAGAGAUUAUUUCUGGUUCGCUUGAAAUAUCUAACCAAACCCAGAUUUAUGAAGAAAGUGAAAUAUUGAACUUGUACAUGACUACUUGAGUAAUCGUGGAAUCUUUUAUCAGAAACAUUAAGUUCUUGAAAACUCCAUUUAAAGUUACAACAUCCACUUUGGAAUUGCAUGAUGUUUCUCUUUCAAAUGUUUUGGAUAUAUCAAGCAGAGAGAUUUUCUUAGUUAACGACGAAAGUAAAUUUAUUAUAACAAACACGACAUAUGAGGAUUCAAAUUCAAUGCUUGUUAAUUCUUUAUCAGGUGAAAUUCAAAUUGUCAAUUUCAAAGCUAGGAAUAUUUCAAAUUUUCCCACUUUUGCUAAGGUUUAUUCAUUGAAGAGUGUACUGAUGAAAAAUUUGACAUUUGACACUCUAAUUGCAAUGUCAGAAGAAGUUAUUAAAAUUGAAGAAUCAAAUAAUAUAUCAAUAGAUAGUUUUACAACUGUAGGCCUAAACGCUACCGUCAUCUCGAUAAUGAACUCUGUGAUCGAAUCAAUCAACAAUAUUAAAAUUUCAGAUAGUUUAAAAGCUAUAAGCGUUGUAGACUCUCAUAUCAAAAAGUUUGAAAACUCAAGCUUCACAAACAAUGGAAUCCAAGAUAAUUUUAUAUCUGGAGGAGCAAUCUCAAUGUUCAAUAGUGACUUAACUGUAAGAAACACCACAUUUUCUAAUAACACGGCAGAUAAAGCAGGAGCGAUUGCUUUCGAAUGAGACUCAACCGAUAGAUGCAUCCUUGUUUUAGAGAACACAACUUUCAGCAAUAAUAGUGCAUCUGUGCAAGGUGGAGCUAUCCACUACAGCCUGAAACGCCCAGAUAUUGUGGAUUCAGUAUUCACUGGAAACUCAGCCAGAUAUGGAGAUGAUCUUGCUAGUUAUCCAGUAAAAGUCAGAAUUAAAGAGCAACCCUUUUCUUUUAUGAAGUUUACAAAUAUCGGAUCAGGAGUUUCUUUAUCUCAGCCAAUUGAGUUAGCUUUAUUUGAUUUUGAUAAUCAGAUUAUCAGUUUAAAUAAUGAAGACCAGCUUGGAAUUUUUCCCCUUAUCAACCCUAAUGAUAAAAACCAUACAAAUACUAUAAGAGGAGUUAGCACUGUAAACUUCAAUGCUGGGAUAGCUAUCGUGGAUGAAAUUAUUUUUAUUGAUCAGCCAGGAUCAAAGAAUGUAAUUUUUAAAGCUUUAACUACUGCAAUUGAUCAAGCUAAAGCAUCGCUAGCAUUUCCAGAUCAAGAUUUCAAUAAUGAUAUUACUGUCGACUUCAGAUUUUGCCAACCUGGAGAAGAAGUUACUGACCAAAGGACCUGUAGGGAGUGUGAUGCUGGCACUUACUCUCUUAAAUGGAAUUCUACUGAGUGCACCAAAUGCAUGGACAAUGCUUUGUGCUUAGGAAGCAACCAAAUUAGUGUUAAUCCAGGAUUCUGGAGAUCAUCUCAGACAUCUGAAUUUAUCACAGAAUGACUGGUCGAAGAGUCGUGAGAAGGAGGAUUCACAAACUCUACUUUGAACCCAGUAAAUUGAGCUGAAGGAUAUCAGGGAGAACUAUGUUCUCACUGAUUAGUUAAUGAGAUGGUAAAAUACAGAAAAGUAAGCAAUGUAAAAUGUGAUAAAUGUCCAGCUAUGAUCACAAAUACAAUCUUAGUUGCGGGACUAGCUUUGCUUACAUUUAUAUUCAUGAUGGCUCUCAUAAUUAUUAACAUUAGAAAAACAAAGGAAAGUCAGUUAUCAAUUCUGCUAAGAAUUAUGACGAAUUAUUUUCAGCUAAUUUUCACCUCUCUAUCGUUGACUACUAACUAUCCCACUUCGCUAAUGUCUUUCUUCGAGAUUCCAAAAAUGUUUGGAGAUGCUUCAGAUACUUUCUUAUCUGUAGACUGAUUCAUUAGAGAUUAUGACAUCGAAUACCCUUUUGGAUCAAAUGCUAUUUUCAAACUCUUCUUGUUGAUAUUGCUUCCUCUUAUUUUAUUUUCAUUGGUUGCUCUUAUUUGGAUUGCAGUACACUUUGUGAAAAGAAAGUAUGUCAAAGAUCUUAAACGAAAUUUGGUGAUAUCCUUUAUCAGUGUAUUGUUCUUGCUUCAUCCUAAGCUGACUGAACAAAGUCUGGGCUUAUUCAGAUGUAUUGAUGUUAAUGUCGAUGAUAGUAGGGUUCGAAUGGACAUUAGCAUCAAAUGCUACUCCAGUGAACACAUCAAAUGGCUACUGUUAAUAUCAUUACCAUGCAUUAUUGUGUGGGUUGUGUCUCUUCCUUUGGCUGCUCUAGUAGUACUUUUCUACAACUUUAAGAAACAAGAAGAUAAUAAAUUUAAACAAUAUUUCUUGAUUCUGUACCAAGGCCUCAAGAAAGAUAAAUUUUAUUGGGAAUUCGUCAACACUGCAAGAAAGAUCUUAAUUUUGAUGAUUUUUCCAUUGCCAACAGAAAUGAAAAUGCUGAUUGCAAUUCUACUAUUAGCUGUAUUAGCUAGAAUACAGAUUACUCUCCAGCCAUAUAAAAACACUGAGAACAAUAAAAUUGAAAUCCUUGCUACAAGUGCAGGAAUUAUUACAAUUUUCAGCGGAUUGUUGUACUCUCAACCAGAUGAGAUGAAAGUAUUAAACACUGUAUCUCUGAUCUUCUGAUGCUUCAUUAACAUCUACUUUAUCUUAUGAUGGUUCUUAUUGCUUUCUCAAUCAUUCCAAAAUUCAUCUCAAUUAUUCCAAAUUCUGUCUCGCUUAUUAAGUUUCAGUCUCUGAAAAUGGAGAACAAGCAAUAAAGAGAUAUGUGAAAAGCAUUCUGCUAAACCUGAGAAUCAACAAAAGAAAUCAAAAAUGGAGGUUUAUAAGAAAAGAAUUCACUUUAACUCAAAGAAAGGUAGAAAAGGCAACAAACAAAAAAGCAGAGCCCUGUUUACAAAGAGGAAAAGACAAAGAGAUUUCGAAAAUAUCAAAGAGAAUACUACAAGUGCCAGAAUAAUGCCUAGAAAUCCCUCUAUUCCAAACAAACCUCCAAACUUAGACCUCCAAAAAAUCUCCUCAAAUGACCUAAAAAUGCUUUAAAUACCCAUUAUUAACAUCUCAUCC